AUGGUUAGUAGCAUUGUCAUGCUGGAGGGUCAUGUCAGGAGGAGCCUGCAGGAAGGGUACCCCAUGAGGGUGGAGGAUGUCUUCCCUGAAAAGUUGAUGAGUAUCAGGUUGGUUGCAGAUUUAGCCCCAGAAAGCAAUGAGGAAUCGGCCCAGAAGCGGCCCUCUUCCAGGGAGCUGGCCCUGAUUGAAUCGGCAGGGAAUCGGGUGUCGGACUCGGCCCUGAAUCAAAAUGAAUGUCUGCCCAGAAUCGCUACCCGGGCAAAACACCUGGUGACCGUGGUGCAUCUGGGCCGCCACGGGACGCUCUGGGCCGCCACGGGACGCUCUGGGCCGCCACGGGACGCUCUGGGCCGCCACGGGAGUCGCUACGGCUGGGACAUCCCACCCAGCCAAACGCUCUGGGCCGCCACGGGAGUCGCUACGGCUGGGACAUCCCACCCAGCCAAACGCUCUGGGCCGCCACGGGAGUCUCUACGGCUGGGACAUCCCACCCAGCCAAACGCUCUGGGCCGCCACGGGAGUCUCUACGGCUGGGACAUCCCACCCAGCCAAACGCUCUGGGCCGCCACGGGAGUUUCUACGGCUGGGACAUCCCACCCAGCCAAACGCUCUGGGCCACCACGGGAGUCGCUACGGCUGGGACAUCCCACCCGGCCAAACGCUCUGGGCCGCCACGGGAGUCGCUACGGCUGGGACAUCCCACCCAGCCAAACGCUCUGGGCCGCCACGGGAGUCGCUACGGCUGGGACAUCCCACCCAGCCAAACGCUCUGGGCCGCCACGGGAGUCGCUACGGCUGGGACAUCCCACCCAGCCAAACGCUCUGGGCCGCCACGGGAGUCUCUACGGCUGGGACAUCCCACCCAGCCAAACGCUCUGGGCCACCACGGGAGUCGCUACGGCUGGGACAUCCCACCCGGCCAAACGCUCUGGGCCGCCACGGGAGUCGCUACGGCUGGGACAUCCCCCACCCAAACGCUCUGGGCCGCCACGGGAGUCGCUACGGCUGGGACAUCCCACCCAGCCAAACGCUCUGGGCCGCCACGGGAGUCGCUACGGCUGGGACAUCCCACCCAGCCAAACGCUCUGGGCCACCACGGGAGUCUCUACGGCUGGGACAUCCCACCCAGCCAAACGCUCUGGGCCGCCACGGGAGUCGCUACGGCUGGGACAUCCCACCCGGCCAAACGCUCUGGGCCGCCACGGGAGUCGCUACGGCUGGGACAUCCCACCCGGCCAAACGCUCUGGGCCGCCACGGGAGUCGCUACGGCUGGGACAUCCCACCCGGCCAAACGCUCUGGGCCGCCACGGGAGUCGCUACGGCUGGGACAUCCCACCCAGCCAAACGCUCUGGGCCGCCACGGGAGUCGCUACGGCUGGGACAUCCCACCCGGCCAAACGCUCUGGGCCGCCACGGGGAGUCGCUACGGCUGGGACAUCCCACCCGGCCAAACGCUCUGGGCCGCCACGGGAGUCGCUACGGCUGGGACAUCCCACCCAGCCAAACGCUCUGGGCCGCCACGGGAGUCGCUACGGCUGGGACAUCCCACCCAGCCAAACGCUCUGGGCCGCCACGGGAGUCGCUACGGCUGGGACAUCCCACCCAGCCAAACGCUCUGGGCCGCCACGGGAGUCGCUACGGCUGGGACAUCCCACCCGCCAAACGCUCUGGGCCGCCACGGGAGUCGCUACGGCUGGGACAUCCCACCCGGCCAAACGCUCUGGGCCGCCACGGGAGUCGCUACGGCUGGGACAUCCCACCCGGCCAAACGCUCUGGGCCGCCACGGGAGUCGCUACGGCUGGGACAUCCCACCCGGCCAAACGCUCUGGGCCGCCACGGGAGUCGCUACGGCUGGGACAUCCCACCCGGCCAAACGCUCUGGGCCGCCACGGGAGUCGCUACGGCUGGGACAUCCCACCCGGCCAAACGCUCUGGGCCGCCACGGGAGUCGCUACGGCUGGGACAUCCCACCCAGCCAAACGCUCUGGGCCACCACGGGAGUCGCUACGGCUGGGACAUCCCACCCAGCCAAACGCUCUGGGCCGCCACGGGAGUCGCUACGGCUGGGACAUCCCACCCAGCCAAACGCUCUGGGCCGCCACGGGAGUCGCUACGGCUGGGACAUCCCACCCGCCAAACGCUCUGGGCCGCCACGGGAGUCGCUACGGCUGGGACAUCCCACCCGGCCAAACGCUCUGGGCCGCCACGGGAGUCGCUACGGCUGGGACAUCCCACCCGGCCAAACGCUCUGGGCCGCCACGGGAGUCGCUACGGCUGGGACAUCCCACCCAGCCAAACGCUCUGGGCCAAACGCUCGGCUGGGACAUCCCACCCAGCCAAACGCUCUGGGCCACCACGGGAGUCGCUACGGCUGGGACAUCCCACCCGGCCAAACGCUCUGGGCCACCACGGGAGUCGCUACGGCUGGGACAUCCCACCCAGCCAAACGCUCUGGGCCGCCACGGGAGUCGCUACGGCUGGGACAUCCCACCCGGCCAAACGCUCUGGGCCACCACGGGAGUCGCUACGGCUGGGACAUCCCACCCAGCCAAACGCUCUGGGCCGCCACGGGAGUCGCUACGGCUGGGACAUCCCACCCAGCCAAACGCUCUGGGCCGCCACGGGAGUCGCUACGGCUGGGACAUCCCACCCGGCCAAACGCUCUGGGCCACCACGGGAGUCGCUACGGCUGGGACAUCCCACCCAGCCAAACGCUCUGGGCCAAUCGUGCGUCGUCUCAUAG